AUCUUCAAUAUUUGAUGCCAUAUCCAGGCAUUUUGGUGUUCCGGCUGUUUUCUCAAGAGAAAUUCAGAGAUCGAGAAAGAGCAUGGUGAAGCCGACUAAACGACGCACGGCCUCCCUGGAGGUGGUCAAGAAUCUAAUCAAAGGUGUGGCUUACAUCAAGCAGCAGAAGCAGGUGGCGAACUUUGAUCGACUGGCCAAAUACAUGCAGCGAGAGUAUGGCUUGAAGUACGGGGAGACCCAGAGAGAGGCUCAUAAUGCAGUGGAGGACAACCUACUUGUCUCAUACACCGCCAUUGGCAACAAAGGGUCAAAGGUCGGCGUGGAGCAAGAGGGAUUCAAAAUACCCGAUGAGGAAUCCCCAGUGGUGGAUGACGGCCAUGACUGGUACUGCUUUGAGUGCCACAAGCCUGGUGAAGUGCUGACAUGCUCUGACUGCUGGAGAGUGUUUCACCCCGGCUGUACUGAGGAAGAAUGGGGGAGUGGCAUCAAGUUCUCCUGUCUCGCUUGUAAGAGUGGACGCAAAAAGAAUACCCUAAAUAAGAAAUAUCUCAACACAUUGCUGGGCUACACCAUACUACGGCUGAAAGAGAAAACAAAAGAGCUCCAUCGCCUGGUAGUGAAGGAUGAGGAGGAGAGCCAAUGGCGGCGCUACAUUUACCGGCCGCGAGAUUUGAACUCCAUGGAGCAGGAGUUGACCAAACGUAAAUACCAUUCCAUUGAAGAGUUCUUUGCCGACGCCAAAACCAUUGUGCACAACGUCAUCCUGGCGUUUGGAGAAUACAGUGGGAUGGCAGAACUGGCAAGGAUUAUGAUAAAGGACUGUAAAUAUGAUCUUGAUGAGCUAAGGCAGUGCCCCAACUGUUACUACAUGUCAAAUGCUAAACCCAAAGACUGGUUUUGUCAGAUCUGUGAUCCCCCUCAUGAGUUGGUUUAUGCGAAACAGAAAGGAUACAGCUUCUGGCCGGCCAAAGUCAUCAAGAGCCUCGAUGACAAGUACGAUGUGCGCUUCUUCGGAGGUUAUCACCAAAGAGCUGUGGUACCAAAGAAUUAUGUGAAACCGAUAACCAUUGGAGUGCGAGACCUUGCCAUAAAGAGGACAGCAGGUUUUGUGAAGGCCUGCGAGGAGUUGCAGCGACACCAGUGCCUGCUGGAGGAGACAGAGGGGAAGACAGCCGGGGAAGAGGAGAGCGAAGACACAGACGAUGAUUCUGAGGAGGAUGAGGACGAGGAGAGGGAGGAAGAAGGAGAUACCCGGGAAGUCAGCUCCACAUCUGUGAUGUCCUCCAAACAGGUGCCGACUCCCGAGGAUUCUAACCUUGUGACCUCCAGCGAGGACAAAGUGACAGCAGUAAACCUGAAAGUGAGCACAACCUCUGGCAACCCCCCCAGUGGUAAGAAGACCUGCGAGGUGCGACCAGUGAAGACCUCGAACAAACACAGCCAGACAGACCCGGAUUCCUCAACAGGCUGUUCCUGUGAGGCCAGAUACAACAAAAUAUUCAGUGAUUUUAAAGAGAGAGUUAGGAAUGACCAUAAAGAGGAGAAAGAGAAAGCUCUAAAGGAACUCACAGAUAGGCUGCACAAGGACUUUGAGGAGGACAAACAGCAGGCGGUGUCGCGGGCGAUGGCCAACAUGCAGAGGGAGAUGGAGCGGGUGCGGAGACAGACCGAGGAGAAGUGUAAGGAGCAAUACAUGGAGGAGAUGAAGAAACUUGCUCAGAAACAUAAAGAAUCCAUCUCGGCAACCAAGAAAAAACAAUGGUGUUUUAACUGUGAAGAGGAAGCGAUGUAUCACUGUUGCUGGAACACGUCGUACUGUAGCAUCAAAUGUCAGCAGGAGCACUGGCACAAGGAGCAUAAACGCGUCUGCAGGCGGAGACGAUAACAAGUCGGCGUGACGGCCAACGCAGGCCCCUCCAACUUCAAAUCAAUCAUUUUACUAGGAUGUACAUGUAUCAUAACUGUUAAAUAUUUGUGCUUCAGUUUUUUUUUUAAUUAUUAUUAUUAUUAUU